CCGCUCACGACUCCUGCCGUAAAGGUCGUGUUUGGCGCACGCGCACCUCGUCUCCCCUGCGGAUUCCGGACGCGGUUCGUCCUGUGAGAGUCCUCCCUGUGCCGCACGUCUUGUCGACAUGGUGAAGCUGAGCAAAGAGGCCAAGCAAAGGCUGCAGCAGCUUUUCAAGGGCGGCCAGUUUGCCAUCCGCUGGGGCUUCAUCCCUCUCAUUUUGAGCAACAUCACGAUAGACAGAGAAAAGAUUGAAGUUGUCAAGGAUUUCAUUUUACUUGGAUCCACAAUCAACAGCCAUGGAAGCAGCAGUCAAGAAAUCAAAACACGCAUUGCAUCGGGCAAAUGUGCUGCAAAGGACCUCUUCAAAGUGUUGAAGAGUAAAGAUGCCACCCUGAAGACUAAGGAUUUAAGAGGGGUGCAGAUCCUGGAAUGCCUGAACCAACCGUUUUGAGCCUACUUUGGGGAUGAAGGACUAUUUGGUCAUCUGGAUUUGGAAGCUAUCAAUGGAUAGGAAAGACAUGGAAGGUGUACACUCUGGCUGGGAUAAGAAAUGGGACAUCGUUGAGACAUUCACCCGUUGGACGGCACAGGGCUCUUCACAGAUGCAUCUGUAGCAGAGUGGAACCUCUGCCGAGUUACUUAUGAUAAACCCCAAAAUAUAGACUAUCAAAAUAAACAUUUCUAACAAG